AAAGUAUCUCACCAGCACUCACACUACAGGAGGCAAGCAGCCUCAUAGCACAUUCUGACCCUCACACACAGGCUUGGAGAGAGACCGAAUCAGCACCUCACACACAUUGACAUAAACUGCUCGCUCCAGAGUGAGGCCCUCUUUACUCAACCAGCAUCACUAUCUGUCCUCUCGCUCUGACAUGGAGCUCCACAGCCUCCGACACUACCACAGCCACCGGACCGACGACAAGCUCCAGAUGCUGAACCUCAACAAGCGCCUGGAGACCUACCUGGGCCGAGUGAGGCUGCUGGAGGAGGAGAACAAGCUACUAAGCCAGGAGCUCCAGGCCCUGAGGGGCAGUUGCCAGGGGGGGCGGAUGGGCCUGGAGGACAAGCUGAGCCUGGCCAGGCAGGAGGUGGAGGAAGCCUGGAGGGAGAAGGACCGGGUAGAGCUGGAGCUAGGGAGCCUGGGUGAGGAGCUCCAAGUCCUGGGGCUGCAGAGACAGUGGGAGGCGGACGCCCAUGGGGAGGUGAAGAAGAAGCUGGCAGACAGCAGGAAGGAGAUGGAGGAGGAGAAGAGGGCUCAGAUCUGGUUAAGAGAGAAGGUGAGCCAGCUAGAGAAACAAAUCCAGUUCCAGAUACAAAUCCACCAGGAAGAUGUUGCCGGCUUCCAGGCUACAUUAAUCCAUGUCAGACCUGCACUGCCACCCCCUCCACCCCAAACGGGAACCCAGCUACCCAGCCUCCAGGACCUGGGUGAGGAGUACUCCCAGAUGGCUGUCAGGGCGUGGCAUGAGGCGGCCAUGGUGUUUCAGGGCCAGUUGGACAGCCUGGGCGAGUCUCUAAACCAGGCCAGAACCCGGUUGGCCCAGGUGGGCCAGGAGAAAAUUGAGAGCCAGCUGAAACUUCAGGCCCUGGAGAAUGAGCUGCAAUCAGUCCAGGAUAGAAGGCAGCAUCUGGAGAGGAGUGUGGCCAAACAGAGAGACAGGCAGAGGCAAGAAAUACAAAACCUGCAGGCCCAUCUGGAGGUGUUGGAGAUGGAGAAGGGGGCGCUGGGAAAUCAGAUUGACUCUCUCAUGACAGAAAGUAGGGGUCUGGUGCAGCUGAAGAUGUCUCUAGGCAUGGAGGUGGCCACAUACAGAGCUUUACUGGACAAUGAAAGUCUGAUGGGGGAUUUCUCUUCAACAAAUCAGCUAAGGAGUAGCUACACAUCUGAUGGAGUGCCCAGCUCUCGAGGGGUUAAGCAAAGCUUCCAGACACAGCUGGCUACCAGUCACAUGAUCAGUCCCAUCUCUACCAUCCAUAGAGCAAGCCCACGAUCCAAUGUAACAAUGAUGUCCGCAUCACCAAUCUGGACUCAAAACCGGGUAACCCUGAACGAAACACCUGAGAGUUGUCGAAAGACAGAGGAAGAGCAUGUUGACUUUGACUUAGGGUCCAACCGGCAGGUAAGUUGGUCAACGCCUUACCCCAGAGUACCACAGAAUGGAAUUUCAGUCGACCACUUCAGACCCCAGGAUGUCCAUGAAGAAGUCAACUAUGCUGAGCCUCUCUCACCUCCCACUGAAGAGGCAGGAGCUGAUGUUGUAUCUUGGCUUGGAUCUGACCAUAAGGAACAAUCCAUGUGGGAUUUAGAAAAGGAGGAAGAGGAUCAGAACAUAGUCAGAACCUGGGUUGCUGAAGACAAACCAGUUCUGGAAUCUGCCAUGAGUCACCAGGUUGAGACCAGCUUCAGUAUGCCAACUGUGUUCAGCACUGAUGCUCAAGAGCUCUACAGCCCUUCAGUGAGCUAUGAGAGAGCAGGUUCAGUGACAGGGGCACAUUCUGCUUUCUCAGCGAAUGAUGAUAAUGAUGUACCUUAUGAAAUGUCUUCUGAAAAAGAGGAACCUCUACUAGAUCUGCCUUACGGUCCCAUGAAUGCAUUGGAGGAAAGAGAUCUUGAAACAGCAAGGAAAGAUGCUGAAUGGGUGGGAAAAGAAGGCUUGGAGUCUGAAACUAAAUCAGUGCUAGAACAUGCAUUUGAGACCUUCACAAGCAGUCAAGCUUUCGAGUAUGGGGCGGGGAAAAGUUACAACAAGCCAAUAGAGUUCAACCAAGAGGACAAUACGUCAUAUGCAUCUAUUCAAGCCUCCCAAGGUUCAGAAGAUGCAUUUCACCAUGUUAAAAGAGUGGAGGAAGAUGUUAUUAAUCUCACAAAAGAGGAUGAUGAAAAUGAUAUGUCUAACAAAGAUGACGAGCAAUUGGAAGAUGAAUUGCGCCCCUAUGGGUAUGGUAAGGAUGAUUGUGAAAGAUUGGCAGGGUUCAAAAUGGAAAAUUGUGUGACAGAAAGAAUCGAUAAGUUCAACCGAGAGGCGAUUAUGUCAUAUGAAUCUGCUCAAGCUUCUCACUGGUCAGAAGAAGUAUUUCACCAUGUUGAAAGACUGGAGGAAGGUGAUAUAAAUAUCACAAAAGGGGAUGAUGAACAUGAUAUGUCUAAUAAACGUGAGGAACAAUAUGCAUUGCACCCCAAUGGGGAUGUAAAUGAUGAAUGGGAUAGAGUGGGAGGAUACAAUGAAGAGAAUGGAAUUAGAGAAAGAAUGGAUGAUUGGAAAGAAGGAAAGGAUCAUAUGAAAGAGGAAGAGAUGUGUAAUAACAGAGAAACCCAACCCAAUCGGUCUGAUCAAGAGCAUAUACCUUCAAAUGUAGAGAAACUGAAUCAAUUCGAGCAAGAGCAUAUACCUUUAGGCAGAGAGAAACUGAAUAUAUCCGACAAUGACAAAGAGGAUCAUGAUGAGGAAAACUACUGUCAAAAUACUUCUGUUUCAUGGAGGGCUGAGCUAGAAGGUGACAGCUACGCUCAGGACAACACACUGGCCGACACACACCCCCUGAUCCGUUACAAGAGUGACGAGACGGAUGCCAACACUCAGGCUUCACACAUGGGCGAAAGUGACUCCAGUGAUGGUGAAGAGGACAGGGAGGUUUGCCAGACAGGAACAGGCACCUGGGGCGAAGGCAAGUCCAAACAGUUUGACACCAUGGAGGAUCUGUAUGAAGAGUCAGAAGGGGAUGUCAUAGAUCAGGAAAGUAACAUGGGCUCUACUCACCAAGAGGACAUGGAUGCUAGCCAAACAAAGGAGCAUGCUACACAGGAGAAUGAUGAGGAGAAUGCUGUAGAUCAGUUGAUUCAGAAGACAGAAGAGGAGCAAUCCUAUGAGGAACUUACAGAACCUGGAGAGUACUCCAUGAUGUGCUCUGAUGAGGACUAUAAUGAAGAAAGAAUUGAUAGAUUGGUGGAGCAAGAGUUAGAGAAUUUAUCUAUAUCCAGUUACAGUGAACACUUUAAUGGGCAGAUGAUUGAGAGCGAGUCAGUACUGAGUCUUCAAAUUGAGUCUCACACUGAACUUUCCCAGACACAAGACAUAUUAUACAGUGAGGAGGUAGACCAGAUACACUCAGUGAGACUGAAUCAAUCUGAGCAAGAGCAUACGACGUCAGGCGGCGAGAAACUGAAUCAAUCCGAGCAAGAUUAUUUAAAUUCAGGCAGAGAGAAACUAAAUCAAUCUGAACAAGAGUAUAUACCCUCAGACGGAGAGAAACUGAAUCAAUCCGAGCCAGAGUAUAUAACUUCAGGAGGAGAGAAAAUGUGUCAAUCCGAGCAAGACCAUAUACCCUCAGACGAAGAGAAACUGAAUCAAUCCAAGCAAGAGAAUAUACCUUUAAGCGGAGAGAAACUGAAUCAAUCUGAACAAGAGUAUUUACCCUCAGAUGGAGAGAAAAUGAAUCAAUCCGAGCCAGAGUAUAUACCCUCAGGCAGAGAGAAACUGAAUCAAUCUGAGCAAGUGCAUAUACCUUCAAACGGAAAGAUACUGAAUCCGUCUGAACAAGAGUAUAUACCCUCAGGCGGAGAGAAACUGAAUCUAUAUGAGCAAGAACAUAUACCCUCAGACGGAGAGAAACUGAAUCUCACCGAGCAAGAUAAUAUACCUUUAGGUGGAGAAAAACUAAUUCAAUCUGAACAAGAGCAUAUACCUUUAGGCAGAGAGAAACUGAAUCAAUCUGAGCCAGAGUAUAUACCCUCAGGCAGAGAGAACAUAAAUCAAUCUGAGCAAGAACAUAUACCCUCAGAUGGAGAGAAACUGAAUCACACUGAGCAAGAGAAUAUACCCUUAGGUGGAGAGAAACUGAAUCAAUCUGAACAAGAGUAUAUAACUUCAGGCGGAGAGAAACCGAAUUCAUAUGCACAAGAAAAUAUACCCUCAGACGGAGAGAAAAUGAAUCAAUCCGAGCAAGAGAAUAUACCUUCAGACAGAGAGAAACUGAAUCAAUCUGAAGAUCAGUACAUUCCUUCAGGUGGAGAGAAACUGAAUCAGUAUGAGCAAGAGCAUAUACCUUUAGGUGGAGAGAAACUGAAUCAGUCUGAGCAAGAGCAUAUACCUUUAGGUGGAGAGAAACUGAAUCAGUCUGAGCAAGAGCAUAUACCUUUAGGUGGAGAGAAACUGAAUCAGUCUGAGCAAGACCAUAUACCCUCAGACAACGAGAAAAUGAAUCAAUCUGAGUCAGAGUAUAUACCCUCAGGUGAAGAGAAACUGAAUCAAUCUGAGCAAGACCAUAUACCCUCAGACGACGAGAAAAUGAAUCCAUCUGAGUCAGAGUAUAUACCCUCAGGUGAAGAGAAACUGAAUCAAUCUGAGCAAGACCAUAUACCCUCAGACGACGAGAAAAUGAAUCCAUCUGAUCCAGAGUAUAUACCUUCAGGUGGAGAGGAACUGAAUCAAUCUGAGCCAGAGCAUAUACCCUCAGGUGGAGAGAAACUGAAUCAAUCUGAGCCAGAGUGGAUUUCCUCAGAGGUUAUGUAUUCAAUGCACUCUAGGAUCCGAUCGACACCUGAACACACAUCUCUUAGAGAAAGUUCAGUAGAAAUAUCCAAAGCAGAAUAUUUGGCUCAAGGUAAAGUCUUCAGUGGGGAACUGAGAACUGAAGCUGUACCAGACCAAAUAGAAGGAGAGGAUGACCAGAACCUUUCUAUGCUGACUCAUGCAGACUUUACUGAAAGCCAUUCUAUCCACAGCAGUUUAAACAGCAGGCCUGAGAGUCAAACCAACAUGAACAACUCGGAUAUAGAAGAGUCCAACAGCACAGAUGAUGAGUCUCCAAAUGCAAGCCAGUAUUUGCAACCUGUCAACGACGCAAAUCUAACUGCAGAUUUGUUAGAUGUGGCGGUCUCUCACUAUGAGGAUUGCAAUGCUCUUAUAGAACAUUCUGCAGAGGAGGUCACUAGCUAUCAGGCAAGUCAUGAAUGUCUUCAGACAGACAAAUGGGAAGUCUUCGAAAGUCCAAACAAACACCUGGAAUCUGGAGAUCCUUUUACAGGUCACAAGAGAGACUCAGAGAGAUCAUCCAAAACUGACAGCAAAGGCCGGGACCUCCACAGCUUCCUCAGCUCUGGUGUACACAGCAACUUCUGGGGUUCCAAUCUGGAGACAGGAGCCCCCUAUCAACCGGAUGAGCCAUAUGACCAUGUGACCGAGCUACCCAACCAGAACCUAGCCUUGGCUGAUAACCUAUCCUGGGUGGAUUUGGAAUCCACAGGCGGCCAAUUGGAACACAAAGAUGGACAGUGACACACCUAAAGCUUCCACCCUUGAAGAAGAGGACAAACAGAUGCCCUCACAGGUGAAGCAGCUGGUGUGUAGAGAUGUGGUAGGGGGUGUGAAUGUUACUUCUGAAGGUUCUGAAGAUGAGGAAGACUCCUGGUCAUCUGGGGAAGAAUAGGAACAAUUUCAGCAUGGUUUCUAUAAGGAGUAAAGUAGAAGUAACAAGUGUUAUUGAGAGUGUAAUAAUAUUUACACUUUACAGGCUUUGAAUUUGAGCAUUGAUUCACAUUGAUCCUUACAGUGAAAAGUAAAUGAAAUGAAUGUACUAUGUCACAGAAUGUCAUGACAAUUCAGUGCUCUCUGGGAUCCCUGGGAUGUUCCAACCCUAAACCCUAACCCCUACCCUUACCUUAACCCUAACUAUAACUAUAACCAGAACCCUUACCUACACCAUUUAAAAUGUCAACUUCAAUGGGAUAGGGACGUCCCAAGGAUGCGAGAUGGCAUGGACCGUCAAAUAUUUAUGCUGUUUUCAAAAACCAAAGUUGUGCCAUGGUGCACACCCUGCUGACACUAACCACCAGUGUACCUACUCCAUUUCAAGACAUUGAGGGCCAUUUUUGUACAUUUUACAAGUUUGUUUGAAUAGCCAUUUUUCUAUAGAUUUUUUAUUAGCCCAUCUACAAACACUACAAGCAGCAGUGCAUGGUUUGAAAUCCUAGAAGAACAGCUUGCCUUCAUUUUAAUAAAGCAUUUCACAAUACAGUGUCACAAAUAUAACUAACAGACAAUAAAACAACAUGGUGCCAUAUUAGCUAUGCUUUGUUUACGAUUACGGCAAAAAACACGUUGUUUUUUGGCUAGUGUUCUCUGUAGAAAUGCACAAAAAACGUACAUGGAAAAAUAAAACUAAUUGACAAAUA